CUGCGUCCUACAUAACCCUUUGGCCACUGGCAACAGUUUGGACUUUUACUUGUGCCACAAUAUCCAGCUGUGGAAAUCUGCUUUUGGAGAUUUUUGCACCCCUGAUUUAGAAUAAUCAUUCUGUGGUUGGGUUUUCCAAGGAGCUGAGGAUGUGACAUGAAUCACACCACUGAAGUAUUAGACUCUGUCAUCCCAUGGUCUGCUGGGGAGAGAGCAGGACUUCUCCUCUACCAAAGCCAAAACCAAAUUUAUGCAGUGUAAUUCAAGAUAGAGCAAAAUGUACUGUACAAGAAGGAAGAGACUGCAGCUGAGCCGGGUCCUGUUUCUCCUCUCUGGGGUUUUCCUCUGUACCCUCUACCAGCUGACCAUCAGUGCCAGACUGUAUGAGCCUUUGCCAAUGCCUCAGAUUGGAGAGGAUUUUGUGGAGGGUUCAACAGAUGGGGUUGAAGAGGCUACAGUGGAGACUCAAGGGCUUGAGGAGCCUCUCACUGCAGGACAUGAAUUAGAGGCCACAGAUCAAACAACACCUGAGAUGCAUGCGGUAAGUCAUCUGGAUACAACUUCAGAUUUGAAAGCAUCCACCCCCACUGAAUCUCCACCAUUGCCAACCACAAACCGGACUAUUGUGCAUUGCAUCUACGUGGCCCCUGAGCCUCCACAGGAGACACCAACACCAGCUCCAACUCCUCCUGUAACUACCAUCACUCCAGCUUCUCCUGGUGAGGCUCCACAUGUUAAGGGUGAAUACCCUGAAGAUAUCUUUUCUGUUGAAGACCGCAGACGAGGAUGGGUGAUCCUCCACAUUUUUGGGAUGAUAUACAUGUUUGUGUCACUUGCAAUUGUCUGUGAUGAGUUCUUUGUUCCUGCCCUGGGAGUAAUCACGGACAAGUUAGCCAUCUCUGAUGACGUGGCCGGAGCCACCUUCAUGGCUGCCGGAGGUUCUGCCCCCGAGCUUUUUACCUCCUUGAUAGGGGUCUUCAUCGCCCACAGCAAUGUGGGCAUUGGUACAAUAGUUGGUUCAGCAGUUUUCAACAUUUUGUUUGUAAUUGGAAUGUGCGCAGUGUUUUCCCGGGAGGUACUUCAUCUGACCUGGUGGCCACUUUUCAGAGAUGUAUCCUUCUACAUAUUUGACCUCAUCCUGCUCAUCAUCUUCUUCCUGGAUAAUGUCAUAAUGUGGUGGGAGAGCAUGAUGCUGGUGGCUGGUUACACUGUCUAUGUGAUCUUCAUGAAGUUUAAUGUGCAAAUAGAGCAGGCCGUCAAGACCCAACUCUACAAACACAAGAAUAUUGUUAAAGUCAUUGCUGUGGAGGAACCUGAAACGACAAGUGGGGACGAUGAAGAUAAUGCUCCUCCUGCUCCAGAGGACAAGAAUCUGUUAAAGUUAAAGCCAUCCCUUCAGCGAGGGGGAAGUUCAGCUUCUUUACACAACAGCACCAUGAGAAACACCAUCUUCCAGCUCAUGAUCCAUACGUUAGACCCUCUGGGAGAGGGGAAAUUUAAGGAUAAGGCUGAGACUCUGAAUAAUGUGGCUAGCCGGAAGGCAGAGAGAAAAACUCAAGACAAAAGCGAAGAUGGUGGGGAAAAAACUGAGCAGACUAAAGAGCCAGAGGCCGCUGCAGCGACAGGGACGGAGAAGAAGGAGCAGCCAGAGGAUAAGAAGGACGAUGUGCCAGCGGGGGAGGAUGGAUCAGGGGGCUCAGAAGACUCUGACAGUGAUGAAGACUCCAGCGAUGAGGACAGCGAUGAGUCCAGUGAAGAUGAGGAUGAUGAUGAUGAUGAAGAUGAGGAAGAAGAGGAGAAAGAGGAUGAGCCUCUGUCUUUAGAGUGGCCUGACACACCCCGUAAACAAGCCACGUACCUCGUCCUGCUGCCCAUAGUCUUCCCUCUGUGGCUCACAGUUCCUGAUGUUCGUAACCAGAAAUCCAGAAAAUUCUUUGUGGCCACCUUUCUGGGCUCUAUUCUGUGGAUUGCUAUCUUCUCCUACCUCAUGGUGUGGUGGGCCCAUCAGGUGGGUGAGACCAUCGGCAUCUCUGAAGAGAUUAUGGGCCUUACAAUCUUGGCCGCAGGGACAUCCAUCCCUGACCUUAUAACCAGUGUGAUUGUGGCACGUAAAGGCCUCGGGGACAUGGCUGUGUCCAGCUCUGUGGGCAGUAACAUCUUUGACAUCACUGUGGGUCUGCCAGUCCCGUGGCUCCUGUACUCAUCCACCCACGGUCUAGCUCCAGUGGCCGUCAGCAGCAAUGGGCUCUUCUGUGCCAUUGUGCUCCUCUUCCUCAUGCUCCUCUUCGUCAUCAUCUCCAUAGCAUCCUGUAAGUGGAAGAUGAAUAAGGCGCUGGGCUCCACCAUGUUCCUGCUCUACUUUAUCUUCCUGGUGCUGAGCGUGAUGCUGGAGGAUCGCAUGAUUAUCUGCCCUGUCUCCAUCUGAACUGAAGCUCUCUCUCACCUCACUUG